AUGUCUUGCAUUCAUUACAAGUUCAAGACCACACUGGAUUACAGAUCAGUUUCAUUCGAUGGUGUUGCAUUAUCUCUUGCUGAUUUGAAGAAAGCUAUAUUUCAACAGAAACGGAUGAAACCUGGAGAAUUUGACCUGGAUAUUACCAAUGCACAGACAAAAGAAGUUUACAAGAAUCCUGAUGAACUUAUUCCAAAGAACUCAUCUGUUAUUGUCUCUCGUGUCCCCAUACAGACAUCCACCAAAAAUAGUACCAGCAAAUCAUGGUAA